AUGGCCAAGAACAUAGAACAAACGUCCCCUCAAUGUGCGUUUUGCAAAAAACUCCAAGUACAUGACACUAUCCUUUGUUGUAAACAAUGCAAAGCUGUUUAUUAUUGUGACCGGGAAUGUCAAAGGAAACAUUGGCAUGAUCACAAAGCAACAUGUGUUGCCUUGCAAAGCAUUAAUCACAAGGAUAUGAAAGACAAUGCAAACUUGGAAUUCUUUGCAACCCACCUAACUCCAAGUCAACAAAAUAAACUG